AUGUCAACCAGUCUCUACACAAUUAUAACGACACGAACACAGCAUGACAUAAUACGAGAUGGUAUGUUGAGUGAGUCAUCUAAUAGAAGACCACAUGCGAAAGAGUUGGGUUAUUCAGCAGCUGACGUUGGAUCUCACCCCACUCACGGGACUUCGUGCUGACCUUUCGACGCGUGUAUAAAACGACGCGUUUGCGCGGCCUGAGCUGAAUUUACACUUAUGUCUUUUGUGUCUUAAAAUUGACUUUCUCGCCAGUAGUUCGCUACGACAGCACGACAAGAUGGUUCGCUACACCUUUCCAGCCGGUGCUUUUUUCACCUACAGUCCCGAGAUUCGUAUUCGCCAAAAUCCCGCUGUAGAAGAUACCAUAAGAGAGGUCGCGAUAUGGAUCGAACAAAACGCUGAGAGGGGUGGACGAAUGAAUUGUCAGUUGUUUCCAAGCUCUGAUGUGGAGAGAGACGGGCACUUGGCCCGUCUCAUAGGAGUCAAGAAGAUGCAUGCUAUGUUGCUUAAGAUAAAGGACAAGACUGGUUACUGGCUCGUCUAUCAUAAGAGUAAGAGACUAUGGUGUGCUUCGGAUGACGAGCCUCCAUGUGGCAUGCUUGCAUAUAACGAUAAGUUGUGGAUGCAGUCCUGGGAUAACUGUUACCUUAAAAGGUACGGUCAACGGAGAAGAGAUGCUCAAAGCUGUGUCCCCUUGCAGAUGAAGAAAGGCCAGUGGUACCGGUUCUCAGUACAACAUUGCACUUAUUGCAAUGGAACUUACGACGAUACAAUCCAAUUGGCCCUAGGUUAGGGAACUCAGAAAGCCAGCUCGUGAUAGUAGGGCUUGGGUGGAACAAGGCAAUCCAGGAUUGAGCUUCUUAGAAGAUGGUUAUGGAUAUGUACACUAGUAGUGUAACCAGCUAUACUCUUGCCUGUGCAUUAUUUGGCCUCGAUAUAUGCCCAUAUACAAGGCGCAUCAGGAAGUAACGUGUUUGCCAGUACAUGUGUUUUCUAAUCUCUUCUUCCUCUGUGAGCCGCAAUCAAAGCCUUGUACCUCUGAAUUAUAAUGAGAAUGUCUGUAGAGGCACCUAGCCUGAUGGGUUGCGACCGCAAAACCUUUGAUGUCGUCCUAUGUUUAGCUCUGAGUCUGUGUUGGAGCGUCUGCACAAAUGUUGCUUUUUGCAC